CUCUGCUUUCAAGUUGAAUGCAUCUCCCCAUUCCAAAACACACUCCAUUUCAUCCCUAUUUCACAACUUUCAGACCAUUCUUAUCUCUCUUUUCCUCAAUCUUUCUUCUUUGAUUUCCCAGAGAAACAAGAGAAUAUGGCAGCAGAGCUUUUUCUUACGUUUACCAUGGAGGCGACUUUGACAAGGGUCAGUUCCAUAGCUGCUGAAGGGAUCAGACUUGCCUGGGGAUUGGAGGGACAGCAGCAAAGGCUCAACAAGUAUUUGACCAUGAUCCAAGCUAAACUCCAAGAUGCAGCCAGAAAGCCAGUAACAGACGUUUCGGUGAAGCUUUGGUUGCAGAGGCUACAAGAUGUAGCUUAUGAUGCUGAAGAUGUUCUAGACGAGUUUGCUUAUGAGAUUCUCCGAAAAGACCAAAAGAAGGGAAAGGUACGUGACUGCUUUUCACUGCACAACCCUGUUGUAUUCCGUCUGAAUAUGGUUAAAAAAGUUAAGGAGAUCAAUGGAUCACUGGAUGAGAUUCAUGAACUCGCAAAAGUACACUUUGGGCCGGGAAAUGUAUCUCAACGUGUAGAGAGUGGUCCUGAAGUUAACCGACAGACAAAUGCGAUCCCUGAAAUCUCAGAAGUUGUAGUAGGAAGGGGGGAUGAUGUCGAUAAAGUUAUGAAAUUGCUGAUUGGCUCGACUGAUCAACAAGUUCUAUCUGUUGUCCCUAUAGUGGGGAUGGGUGGCCUCGGAAAGACUACUAUAGCAAAAAAAGUUUAUGAAGUAGCGAGGGAGAAAAAGCUUUUUGAUGUAACAAUUUGGGUUUGUGUUUCUAAUGAUUUUAGUGAAGGGAGGAUUUUAGGAGAGAUGUUGGAAGUUGUUGUUGGUGGACCUGUGUUGAGGAAUCUAACUGCAAUCAUGGAAAACCUUAUGGAAAAGCUGAAACAGAAGACAUUUUUUCUUGUACUUGAUGAUGUGUGGGAAGGCCAUGAUAAGUGGAAUGAUUUGAAGGAGCAACUGUUAAAAAUCAACAGCAAGAAUGGGAAUGCUGUUGUUGUUACAACCCGCAGUAAGAAAGUAGCAGGCAUGAUGGGGACUUCUCUAGGGAGUCAGCACGAGCCAGGGCAACUUUCAGAUGAUCAAUGUUGGUCCAUUAUCAAGCAAAAGGUGAUCGGGGGUGGACGAGAAACAAUAGCUUCAGACUUGGAAUCUAUUGGAAAAGAUAUUGCAAAGAAAUGUGGAGGGCUUCCGUUGCUAGCUAAAGUUUUGGGAGGAACUCUUCACGGCAAGCAGGCACAGGAGUGGAAGUCAAUUCUAAAUAGUAGAAUUUGGGAUUAUCAGGGUGGAAAUAAAGUUUUGCUCAUAUUGAGAUUAAGUUUUGAUUACUUGUCAUCGCCAACAUUGAAAAAAUGUUUUGCAUACUGUUCCAUUUUCCCUAAAGAUUUUCAAAUUGAAAGGGAAGACCUGGUUCAACUUUGGAUGGCUGAAGGUUUUCUCAGGACAUCAAAUGGGAGGAUGGAAGACGAAGGCAACAAGUAUUUCAAUGACUUGCUUGCAAAUUCCUUUUUCCAAGAUGUUAAAAGGAAUGAGUGUGAGAUCGUAACAAGUUGCAAGAUGCAUGAUCUAGUGCAUGAUCUUGCAUUACAGGUCUCAAAAUCAGAAGCGUUAAAUCUGGAGGAGGAUUCGGCUGUUGAUGGUGCAUCUCAUAUUCGUCGUCUAAAUCUCAUAUCUCGUGGGGAUGUUGAGGUAGCAUUUUCAGAGGUUGAUGCUGGAAAAUUGCGAACUGUUUUCUCAAUGGUUGAUGUAUUCAACGGGUCUUGGAAAUUCAAAAGCUUGAGAACUCUCAAAUUGCGAGGGCUUAAUAUUACAGAGUUACCAGAUUCAAUUUGCAAGCUGAGACAUUUGAGAUAUCUUGAUGUCUCACAUACCAGUAUCAGAGCAUUGCCAGAAUCCAUCACCAAGCUCUACCAUUUGGAAACAUUAAGAUUCACUGAUUGCAAGUCACUAGAAAAGCUUCCCAAGAAAAUGAGGAAUUUAGUCAGCUUGAGACAUCUUCAUUUUAAUGAUCCAAAGCUAGUGCCAGCUGAGGUGGGACUUUUAAAACGCCUUCAAACUCUGCCUUUUUUUGUUGUGGGUCCAGAUCAUAUGGUUGAAGAGCUGGGAUGUUUGAAAAAACUAAGAGGAGCAUUGAAGAUAUGCAAGCUUGAGCAAGUGAGAGACAGAGAAGAAGCAGAGAAGGCAGAACUGAGUGGAAAAGGAAUGAACAAAUUGGUGUUUGAAUGGAGUUAUGAUGAAGGUAACGGCAGUGUCAAUAGCGAGGAUGUGCUGGAAGGCCUGCAGCCUCACCCAGACUUAAGAAGCUUGGAAAUUAAGGGUUACAAGGGUGAAAAUUUCUCAUCAUGGAUGUCUACAAUCCUACUCAAUAAUCUGAUGGAGCUGAGAUUGAAAGACUGCAGCAAGUGCAGACAACUCCCAACACUUGGAUGUCUUCCUCGCCUUAAGAUUCUAGAGAUGAGUGGAAUGCCUAAUGUGAAAUGUAUAGGCAAGAAGUUCUAUAGUAGCAGCAGUGGCAGUGCAGCAGUGCUGUUUCAAGCACUAAAAGAACUUGCUCUAUCCAGCAUGGGUGGUCUUGAAGAAUGGGUGGUACCAGGUGGAGAAGCUGUUGCAGUAUUUCCUCGUCUUGAAAAAUUGAGCAUUAGGCAGUGUAGAAAGUUGGAAAGCAUUCCGAGAUGUCGUCUUUCAUCUCUUGUAGAAUUUGAUAUUCGCGGAUGUGAUGAGCUGAGAUAUUUUUCUGGUGAGUUUGAUGGCUUCAAGUCUCUUCAGAUUUUAAAGAUAUUUGAGUGUCCAAAGCUGGAAUCCAUUCCAAGCGUCCAACGCUGCACAGCUCUGGUGCAAUUGAUUAUAGGUGACUGCCGUGAGUUGAUCUCAAUUCCUGGUGAUUUUCGAGAAUUGAAAUAUUCUUUGAAGGAAUUGAUUGUUAAUGGGUGUAAAUUGGGAGCUCUUCCAAGCGGACUACAAUGUUGCGCAUCUCUAGAGGAAUUAAGAAUAAUUGAUUGCGGAGAGCUUAUCCAUAUCAAUGAUUUGCAAGAAUUGUCUUCGCUUCGACGUUUAUGGAUUAGAGGUUGUGAUAAGCUCAUCAGUAUUGACUGGCAUGGUUUACGACAAUUGCGUUCUCUUGUUUAUUUAUCAAUCGCCACGUGUCCUCGUUUGAGUGAUAUCCCAGAGGAUGAUUGGUUGGGCGGCCUCACCCAACUGAAGGAAUUGAUAAUCGGUAGUUUCUCAGAGGAGAUGGAGGCUUUUCCUGCAGGAGUUUUAAACUCAAUCCAACACCUCAACUUGAGUGGGUCCCUCAAAUCCCUAUGGAUAUAUGGAUGGGAUAAACUGAAGAGUGUACCCCACCAACUUCAACACCUCACUGCCCUCGAGACAUUGCGGAUAUGUAAUUUCAAUGGAGAGGAGUUUGAGGAAGCAUUGCCAGAAUGGGUGGCCAACCUUUCUUCUCUUCAAUCUCUUCAUAUUUAUUUUUGCUACAAUCUCAAGUAUAUGCCAAGCUCAACAGCCAUUCAACGCCUCUCCAAAUUAAAGACGUUGAGUAUUGGGGGGGAAUGUCCACAUCUAUCAGCAAAUUGUAGAAAGGAGAAUGGCUCUGAGUGGCCCAAGAUUUCUCAUAUCCCAGAAAUCUAUAUAUGGUAGAGGGUACACGUGUACAGUUAAGUUGGGCUUUUAGUUAUUCCGUUACUUUGUAGUAUGCAGUGAGGAGAGAGAACCAAUUAAAGAAUUCAAAAUAAUGAAAGCAAUAAUUAGACUUCAUUCUCUUAAAAAUGGUUUAUUAUCUUUUUUAUUAUGAUGUUAACAAAAUGUAUACUUGUGAUCAAUGAUAAUAUCAAUAACCGUCACUCGUUAUUGUAAUAUUACUUGUACCAUCAAUCAUUAUUGUAAUAUUAAUAAUGGCAUGUGAUAGUCUACGAAUGUUUAUAGGACGAACACUAUGACAUGCCAUUAUUAAUUAGCUAGCUUUUACUAUGUAUCAAAAUAUAUACUUAUCAAUAAUAAAAUCAAUAGCCAUCCAGCAUUCUUUCAA